AUGAUGAUGAAUUCAUAGAAAAAUUUAUUUUUUAUCAGUUUAAUAGUUAUAGCAGGUCUUUCAAUUAUCUCUGCUAGACCUUUAGUUGCAAAGAAGGUAGUUCAUGCUAUUAAUGCUGGUUCACAUAUGGCAAAAAGAUCAGUCGAGGGAUUCGUUUAUACUAGAGAUUAAGGCUAUGAUGAAGAUACAAAUGCCGUUGAUUAUAGUGAUGACGAGAAUUUAAAAGGAUUAGUUAUUAAGUAUGCAAAAGAACCAACCAUUUACAUGACUGAACGUCAUGGUUAUAACAGUUUUGGUUAUCAAUUAGCACUUGAUAUUGAAUAAACUUAUACUUUGAUUUUGAAAUUCUGCGAAAUGUAUUUUGAUAAACCAGGAAGAAGAGUUUUCCAUGUCAAAUUAGGUGACACUAGAGUUAUUACUAAUCUCGAUAUUUUUGCCAAAGCAGGAAGGUUUGUUGCUCAUGACGAGUAUGUUGAGUUUAAAUACUAAAAUGGAAAAAUUUACUACAAGAAUCAAGUUUGCAAUAAUGGCAUUGUUGAUGGAAAAUUAAACAUUUCAUUUGAAAAAACAUAGAAUGAUAAUCCAUUUAUUCACGGCAUAGUCGUUUAUGCUGGCAGCUUAGAUUAAACUGACUUUGAAGAUCUCCAUAACUUUAAGGCUUAAUGGGAAAGAAACUAUGCUAAUGAAGCUAGAAAGAAGGCCGAUUAAUUAAAUAAGUUAAAAGAAUAGAAGUUGAAGAAAUAAGAAAAAAUUAUUGUUCGUAAUGACCAUACAGAUAUUGAAGAAGACUUUGAAGACAUCGAAAUUAAGGAAGAAGUUAAGCAAGAAUAAGGUAGAACUGUACCUCCUUUGAAGGAAAUGUUAAUGACUCCCUUGGGAAUAGUUUGUAUGAUUGGUUUCUUCUUCACAUCUUUCGUACUUAUUUCUUCUGCUUUCUUUGAAGGAAAUAACGUUAAGAAGGAAUAAUGA